UACUAGAAAUAAAAUACCGCGUUACAUCCUAUAUGUAGUUUUGAACACAAUUUUUUAAAAAAUAAAACCACCGUCUACACAAUUGGAGAAGAGAAGACAUAGAAGAAGAGAGAGAAAGCACAAGCUACCAACAAUGGAGUUAGUUCCAAACCCAUUUGUCUCAAAAGUAGAAAACAGUCCAUUUGAUUCCGGCAUUUACUUGAGAAUUGACGUACCAGGAGCAAAUGAGUUUGAGAUAACCCGAAACAACAUCCAAGAAGACUCAAUUUCAUAUGCUGUCUUCGAAUUUGUAGCUAAAGCACCCAGUUAUGAAAUUUUGUGGAAAAAUUUGGACGAAUACAAGCGGAGUUACGGAGGUCGUGUUAAAGUACCCAUGGAUUAUCAAGGUUCUUUCUAUGCCAAUCUGAAAAAUGGUUGUUUUUGGAUGUAUUUUCCGAAUUUAACAGAGCUUCCAACAUUGUAUUCCCUCAAGGGUAUGCAGAUUUCCAAGGCUAUGCAAACUAAACAAUCACACUCUCAAUCAGCCCCUGAGAUGGGAGGUUUAUCAGCUUCCAAGGUUCAAGGAGCAGUUUCUGGUAAAUCAAAAGGUCGAAAGGGAUCAAAAUUGGCUCAUCUACCUCAUGUCUCUCUUGGUACAAUGGAUGGAUUUACUCUUCAUCAACCAGAAUGUUCUUGCUGCAAUGGUGAGAAAAUAAGUUUAGAAGCAGCCCACAUUCUAGAUUCUGUGGCCGAUGAGAAUUUGUUCAAGAUUCGUGGGUUUGGAGAAGUUUGUGAAAAAAAGCUGCAAUGCAACAAUGCUCUGGUGAUUCUUGAGGAUUAUUUUGUACUGUGGGUUCUCUAUGUAAGAUUUGAUCUUCCAGGUAUAGAUGGUGAUCAAUAUGAGAUCAAAGAAAGUCAAAAGUGCUUUGUAAGUAACUGCUUUGUAAAGAACUGAAAAUAGAGUGUGUACUCAUCGAUCACUCUGAGUAAUAGGUUUAUUGAAUAGAGGUUAACUCCUUCAAUCAAGUAUUUGGGGGGUAAAAGUCUACAACUCUGAUACUUUUUUGUAUCUAAGCUUUUGCAAAUACUUUUGAAAUCAGA